AUGAAGGCCAUUUUUAAAGUGUUGACUGCUUUGGUAGCUUGCAUGGUCAUGAUAAGGUACCUAAUUUGCCAGCAGAGUGGGCUAGCACACUCAGAUAUGGACUUGAAGCCUAUCUGCCAGUACACCGGGUUUUCGGUAAACUCAUUGCUUCAGCAUCGGAUGCUGGAGGGCUCGCCGGUAGCCGAUUACCUGGUAGAGAAGUACUCGCAAUCGAUAAGACCUUUCAUAAAGACAUACCCUGACUCAGUGCUGGGAAAGAUGACGGGUCGUCUCUACUGCGUGUGGCUCAAGAUUUCUUCUUUUUUGAAGCUGAACGAACUAUGCUGUACAUUGCAUUCUAAAUUAGGGCCCUUGUUGAACCACCUGAGGAUCGCCUGGUAUUAUCUGAAACCGUAUACCGAUAAUGUAAAAAACGUGCUAGAAAGCCCAUUCAACUCUUCCACGAACUGGAUGAGACACGGGUCCUUCAGCGUCAAUGGUACACACGCCAAGCCUAUUUUUGAGACAGAUUCAGAAACUGAAGAAGAAGAGGAUGAUGAAGAUGCUGAUGGUGUGGAGCAUGCUGAUAAUGAGGAGGACGAGGACGAGUAUGAGCUUGAGGAAGAGUAUUACGACCGCGGGAACUCACAAGUUGUCACGGCAGCCAUUUUGCAAGAUAUGUCGAGGAUUAUCGUGGGUUCCGACAGCUACACAGAUUUGGAAACGCUCGAACCAGAAGCACUAAAGAUGGAAUAUGAAGCAUGGAUCAAAGCUGUCGACUCGAAAGUAUCCAGCGCAAUAACUCUCUUAGAUUCAGAAAUACAUUCCAUGUUCGAAGCUCAAGCACUGAACAAAUCUAUGGAUGUUGCCAGCAGGCUGGAUGACCUAAACAGAACUUUUAGUGAACAACUGGUAUUCCUGGAUUCAAAGAUUAAAGACAUCAAUUGUACGUCCAAAUUCGAUCCCGUACAGAAUAAGAUAAAGUAUUUUGACAGAUCGGGUCGGUUUGAAUUGGAAACAUAUGUCACCAAAUCAUCAAUUACAUCGAUACUGAAAAACUACAAAUUGCAUCUGUCCAAUUUUGAGGAAUCGCUCUUUCAUACAUUAGAUUCCUUUCUUUCUGAAAUGGCUAAACAGGCGGAAUUAAUUCGCCUCGAAAAUGUCGAAGUUUAUGAAGAAUGGGCAGAUGUAAUGAUAAGUCAAUGGUCACAAAGAAUGGCAUACUUGGACAUAAGAAGUCUACACUUGAAGAACCAGUACGAUCCUGAGUAUAUUGACAAAAAUCAUUCCAACUGGCAAGACUUCAUGAAAUUGAAGAAAAAAGUCAUUUCGGAGAGAAACCACUUGAUCGAACAUGAUCUUGAUAUGAAGUUGAUACUUGAAUCUAUAUCAGAUUUCAAAACCGAUUUCCAGAGCAUAAAGGAGGAUAUCCAAGCCAUAUUUUUACAAAGAAUGAACACAGCGGAUGCUUUAUUCAAGAGCCGUGAACUAAAAGAACAACAGGAAGAGGAAUUCGUACGGCAAGAACGUUAG